UAUCUCGCAACAGUGAGCUCUGAGUCAUCGGUUGUUACUUGAUUUCUUCACCCGCAAAUUUCCCUCCGCGUGCGUCAGUUGUGGUUGUUGUCUGCGCUUGCACGUCCAAAUUCCAGCUUAGUUUUUCUUACACCGCAAUGCGCUUUCUGUUAAUUUAAGGUGCGCGUGAAACGGCUUCUCCCUUGCACAGGAUUCUUGAGGUGAACCGGUCAGGCUCAGCAUGUCUUCGUGGAAUGCGCCUUACGCGACGUUGCAUGAUCUGCCUAAGUAUGAGAAGCGACCCGACGUCGCUGGAGCGCCGUGGUCCAGGGACCAGGCUGCUGUUAAAAGCUCGCGUGGUCAAGAUCCCCUUCCCUACGUAACUUGCAACUCGCGGACUGCUCCCUUCGCCACUUUCCACAACACUCCUAACGAGGCUGACCCGAAAGCCGAGAUUCUCAGAGAUUCUCAACCUCAGGUGGUUAACGUAUUGCAGCAGUGUGCAUCAAUACCUGAAUCUUUUCUAGUGCAUCAACGGAGCCCCAUCAAUGGCUUUCAAUUCCUCAAUGAGCACAAACAUAGCGCACCUUCUGACAUUUCUCAUGAUACUGAUCACCACCUAACGCAGGCCAGCCUAUCAAAGAUUCACCAAGCUCCUUGGGAUCGUAACGAUGUACACUACAAGGUCCAGCCAAGAUUCCCACAUGGGGAGGACGAGCCACACUACACCUCUUCUCAUGCACCGUACGCAACAGAUUCUCAACGAGGCUGAAGUUGAUGGGAAGCACUGCACAUUCAACUGUUACCAGUUACCAUGCACCUGUUGCCACGAACUUUUUGAUUUACUGGCACGUCGUGAACAUCUGUAUGGAUCGAAUAAUAGGAUAUAUAUAGACCACGGCUGUAGACGUUGUGUAAACGAUUUGUUUGCCUAGCUUGUUAUAUAUUUUUCUCAGUAGAACCAUGUUGAUAACUCUUAUUGGCAACGUUCAUAUCUAAUACAGAUAUUCCCAUUCUGCUC